AUGCUAUCCAAAAAGAGUAGAACUGAGGAAGCUUUCCUCGCAUCGAAGCUGGCCACAAAAAUGCUAACACAGACACUGCUCUUUCUGCUGCGUUUGCUCUACAGACAAGAGGCCGAGCGACUGGACCAGGAAGCUCGCGGCAAGCUAGAACGCCAGCGUAUUGACGAUGAGGCAAGGGCUGAAGAGGCCCGACGCGGUCUGCUAGAACUACAGGUGGAAUUGGCUGCUCUGGAGAGCACCGGUCAGGCCAAGGCAGAA